GAGAGAGAGAGAGAGAGAGAGAGAGAGAGAGAGAGAGAGAGAGAGAGAGAGAGAGAAAAAAAAAAACAGAACAGAUACGAGAGCAAGAAAGGGAGAGGCUUCGUUUCACAGAAUGGACUCAAGACUUGGAGAGCCAGGGUGUCCACAGAGCCAUGCGUGAUUUAUGCAUAUUUGAAGAGCCGUUUUAUGAGAGCCUUAGUCAGGGUGGCUCUCUGUGUCUUGGAGGAAGCAAGUGAAGAGACAGGGAGCAUGCCAGGAGUGGAGCCAGUACGACUUGUCCACACAUAGUUCUUGUUCAGUGCCCGGUUCCUUCUUUCUCUUCUCAACCCUGUUGGCUGGUCUUCUUCUCGAACUUAUGAAGAGGAUCUGAAGCUCAGCGGUACAGUAGUCUUUUCUUUUGAUUGCCCACGAUAAGAUGGUUGAUCCAGGAUAUUCGAACCCCUCUUGUUUUUCCGGUAAAGGGUUAGAGUCCAAAGUCCAACGGCACUUAAAGCUGUGUUUCUGAGAGAAGGUUUUUAAUAGGUGCUCCUCUGUUAGACACAAUAACAUGGCAGGCGCUGAACUGUUUGGGUCAUUGAGAGGAAGCCACUUGCAUGUGACCUGAUUUGACUCCUCCACUCACACACACACACACACACACACACACACACACACACACACACACACACACACACACACACACACACACACACACACACACACACACACACACACACACACACACACACACACACACACACACACACACACACACUUGUGCACAGAGUGUCGUGCACACACAUGUCAUUUGGACGUCAUUUGGAUCUCAUCACCAUCAAGAGCAAGACACAACAAAGACACCGCCAGCAUCUGGCAUUCUUCUGCCUAGAGCGAUGGCAUCAGACGGGGCCACGGGGGACCUCAGGGGCCCCAAAGCCAGCGGAGGGGGGCUGCGGGCCCUGGGCAGUGGGGCGGACCGGCGGACGGUGGACAAGACCCUAAAGAGGCUGGAGAAGCUCCACCAGCUGAGCUCCAACCCGCGGCUGGCCCUGAAGAACAGCCCGCCCUACCUGCCCGACCUGGUGUCCCAGACCAUGAGGGCUCUGACGCAGGUCUGGGAGCCCCACCGUGUGGCCGGGGCGGCGGGCCCGGAGCCCCGGGGGGACGAGGCUGAGUACCUGAGGGUCCACGCCAGGCAGCUGCUGGAUAAGACGGAGCGCGCACUGCUGCUGUUCAAAGAGGGCCGCGACAAGAUGUACGAGGAGACGUCCAACUGCAGGAGGAACCUGACCAAACUGUCCCUGCUGUUCAGCCACAUGUUGUGUGAGCUGAAGGCCCUGUUUCCCGAUGGCAAGUUCCAGGGUGACAGCUUCAGGCUCACCAAGACAGAAGCAGAGGAGUUCUGGAGAGGCUCUUUUGGGAAAAAGUGCAUAGUGCACUGGACCGCUCUCAAGGAGCAGCUCAGAGCGGUCCACUUGUUUGAGGAGGGGAUGGAGUCCAUGGCGCUGAAAUCUACGGUAGACCUCACCUGCAAUGACCACGUGUCCGUGUUUGAGUUCGACAUCUUCACCAGAUUGUUUCAGCCCUGGAGAUCACUCGUAAGGAACUGGAACCAGUUGGCAGUGACACACCCGGGCUACAUGGCCUUCCUGACCUACGACCAGGUCAAAACCCGCCUGAUGCACUACCUACACAGGCCAGGGAGUUACAUCUUCAGGUUGAGUUGCACUAAGAUGGGCCAGUGGGCUAUUGGUCAUGUGACCAAAGAGGGGGCUAUCAUUCAAACUAUACCACAGAACACACCUCUCUACCAGGCACUCGUCAAGGGUUUCAAGGCAGGAUGCUACCUCUACCCAGAUGGGCGGGACGUGAACCCAGACCUCACUGGUCUUUGUGAGCCCACCCACAGGAGCAGAGUGAGAGUUACUGAGGAGCAGUAUGAGCUGUACUGUGAGAUUGGCAGCACCUUCCAGCUCUGUAAGAUCUGCACAGAGCGGGACAAGAACAUACGCAUACAGCCCUGUGGCCAUCUACUCUGCCUGCCCUGCCUCACUGCCUGGCAGAAAUCGGACGGCCACUCCUGUCCGUACUGCCGCUGUGACAUCAGAGGGACCGAGUCCAUUGUCGUCGACAGCUUCAGGCCAGGAGGCUGGGAGGAAGAGGAGGAUGGGGAGGUGGAGGACGAUGCUGAGGACGAUCAUGAGGACGUGGAGUUGGUGAUGAAGGAGGUGGCUGCCCUGAGGAAGCUAUCAAGUAAGGAGCACCGUCUGGGCCCCCCAACCGUGCCUCUGAAGCCGGUCGGGGUCCCUGGUGUCCCACCCCAACUGCCUAACCGCCGCCCACUAACACCCCCCCCCAAACCCCCCCGACAAGCGUACUCCCUGGCGGCUCAAACUGGUAAUCACGCAACAACAAAGCACUUGCCUCCAGCCAAAAACACAAGUCAACAGGGGGAGCCAGAGAGCAGCGAGGAGGAGUCAAGCAGUGGCCUGCGACCACCUAAGCCACACCCACGUUCUCUCAGUAUGGAAUGCCUUAGAGACACACAGAAACCUAAGUCGAAAAAGGGUGAAAAGGGUGAAGCAGUAUGGCAAGUUUCUGAUCUGGACACAGAGUACCCGUCUGUGAGAGGACGAGGGAAGAGGAGAGAAGAGCUAAAGCAAGAGGCCUCGCCACAGAAACAGGUGGACAGAACCAUGUACACGUGACCCUUCUUUUUUUAUUUUAUAUGAGAAGGGGGAAGGCACUGGUUACUCCAUCACUGUAAUUGACCAAGUGUGUUCCUUAUAGUCAUAAGCAACAGAUAUAAAUAAUGGAUUGUAUUUGGUGAUUACCCAAUCCGUGCAUUUUAAUAGCUAUUUGGUAACUAUAGCUUCCUCUUCCAUUAGAUACAAAACUCAUUAAAUGUUUUGAACCUUUAAUUUGUACGUGUUCUUCCCUUGCUGCCAAUAGAGAUGUUUUAUUAAUGCAUUUGUGACCAGAUCAUAAUGGGAGCAUUAGUUCAGCUAAUGUGGAUUAUAAAACUGCUGUUAUGUGCUACCUCAUCAUCUUGUAUGAUAAUCCAUUGUGAUAAAAUGUAAUUUAACACGUUUGUACUUUUGAAUAAAAAAGCGGAUGUAC